AUGCAAACGAGUGUAGGACAACAGAGACGGACUCCAGUUAAGCCAGCCCAUGGCAAGGAGUUUGAUGAGCGACUGUCUGAAAUCAGCAGUCCAUUGUCUUAUUCAAGCGAUACCCAUACUCAGAAGCAUGUAGCACAUAUGAAUUCAUUCAACCCUGCACAGUCCAGUUUAGCUAUGAGUGGAUUAUUACCAUCCCAGCCAAGUGUUCAGAAGCGACCGAGUGCUUCAUGGAGGCAAUUGUUUAAGCAAAGGUGUAUGGAUAGAAUCCGAAGAGAUCGAGCACAAGUGAUCUGGAAUAGGCGGUUUGGAAAUGCAAGUUCUGCAGGAUCGACAAUCAACACAGAUACAGUCAUGUCUGAUUCAAUCCAUUCCAACUCUGACCAUAAAACUGCAAAUGCUUUGAUAGAACAGGAUAAUAAUGAUAUCAAGCAAGCACUGUUUUCUGAAAUGGAACAGCUAUUUAAAGAAUCUGCAAUGAAUGAUAUAAAUGCUGAUAAUGCAUGGAUUUUUGAAAGUGAGCUGUUGAAUGAACUGCAGAAUCAAAAAGCUCAAGAAGAAAUGAUGCUUUUUGAUGAACAUGGAUUGGAGAUGCCUUUUGAGUAUCUGAUAUGCCCAGUAUGUCAACACCCCUCGCUCGCGACGAAUCAAGAGUGUAUUGAUUGCACAGGAUGUAAUCUCAGUAUAAAGGUAAUGAUUAUGAAUGAAUCCAGACUGAAACCAAUACUAAAGUGGAGUAUUUAG